GUCCGCCCCCAGGAUCUGAAAUAAUUCCUUCAAAUCAACAACUUCCUCCGCGUCCAGAUGUUGUUGUUAUUAACAGUCAAUCUUCGAGUCGAGCCUCAAGUCCUGAAAGCAUUUCCGAGGGUCAACUAGUCCCUGAAACCCAAAGAGUUGCAUCCUUCAUAUCACUAGUUGAGUUUAUAAGGAGAUUGAUGAAUGUCAUUCCAGUUUGUGACGAGUUCGUUGUGGGUCACACCAGUGGCCCGGAUGACUGA